AGACUUUGGAGUGCGGCAGCUCUCUCCAUGUAAGGCUGUGCAGGGCAGAGGAUGUUUGUAAAGCUGCUCACAUACAGUCUCUCCAACACUACACUUUUAUUCUGUCAGAAAGAAAGAAAAGAAGAAAAAGACGCUUUUCUUUUCCAGAAAUAUAUAAUAAAUUACAUCUUCGUUUUGGGCUACAGUCCUCCUUGACUCCAGCUGCUGGUUUUAACCGAGAAAUUCUCCUGAAUUUCUGUGUGAGUGAGUGCGUGCGAGUGCGCGCACCACCUCCUCUCUUUGUGUGCGUGAGAAAUAAAACGGGCGUCUCCACGACCAAGAGCUGGCCCUUACUGACUUCGCUGAUAUGGGAGCUUUCCGACUUUGAUGAUUAUCUGUAGUAUACAGGCUGAGAAUCUGUUGAAUUUCCUGCCAGCCUGAAGUCGCAGCUUGGCUUUUGCCAUUGCAGUGAAAACAUGGCAAUGAUUUCAGGGUUCAUUUUUCUAUGCAUGCUCCAAGCUGCAGUCCUUCAGGUCCCUCGUGGACCAAGGCCGAUACCUGGGAGAGGGGACAGUCCAGAACCGACUCCAUUUCCAGCCUCACCUCAAGAUUGUGCAGCCCCGAUAAUCGAAUGUCCCAUCAAGGUGUUUUUCACCAUCGACACCUCAGAGACGAUCGCCUUACAGGAGACCCCACCAGGCGCUCUGGUUAACGACAUUAAGGAAUACACCAAGACCUUUGCUCAGGAGCUGAAUGAUGAAAUAUACAUGGACCAGGUGGAGUUAAAAUGGUCCUUAGGAGGACUGGACUACUCCCAGACGACGGACAUAUUCAGCGAGUUCACAACCAAGGCAAACUUUAUCAGGAACGUCAGUAAGAUAGUAUACAAAGGCAAAGGCACCUUCACAGACUGCGCCCUGAAAAGAAUGACAGAGAAAAUGACCCAACAAUACUCAGGGAAGAAGGCUGUCCUCUUCUCUGUGUUCAUUACUGACGGACAUGUGACAGGAAGUCCUUGUGGAGGGAUGAAGGCGAUGGCAGAGAAGGCCCAGGAGAAAGGGAUCCAUAUUUUCGCAGUGGCAGCGACCAACAUCACCGAUAAUUUUGGGAUGAAUGACAUAGCCAGCUCUCCCACGGACGUGUACCGUGACGAAUACACAGCUGUGACGUUUGAAAGAGGGAGAAAAAAUAUAGAUGAAAAGUCCAUCACUCGAAUCAUACAAGCCAUGAAAUAUCAAGCAUAUUUAAAGUGUUAUAAACCUCCAUGCUACAAAACUCCUGGAGUACCUGGACCAAAAGGGCCUCCAGGUCCCAAAGGUAUGAAAGGAGUUAGCGGUAUACCUGGACCAAAAGGUGAAAAGGGUAAUCCGGGAGAUCCUGGCAUCGAAGGUCCAAUCGGACCACCUGGUCCAGAGGGAGGCCCUGGUCCCAAAGGUGACAAGGGUGAAAUCGGAACAAUUGGAGCAAAGGGUGUGAGAGGAGUAUCUGGCAGGAAUGGAACCGAUGGUCAAAAGGGUAAAAUUGGCCGAAUUGGAGCUCCUGGUUGCAAAGGUGAUCCGGGUGGCAAGGGACUAGAUGGUUUCCCUGGAAAUGUUGGCGACCCUGGGACACGUGGUGAAAAUGGAACGAAGGGUAAUCCAGGCAUACCUGGGAGGUCAGGUCCCCAAGGCCCAAAGGGUAAUGACGGAUCAAAGGGUGAAAAAGGAUUUCCUGGAAAUCCAGGGGCACCUGGAACAAAGGGAUCUAGGGCGCUUCCUGGCUCACGUGGACCGAAAGGCGAACCGGGACGGAGAGGAGAUCCUGGUACAAAGGGAGCACAAGGUGGGAAUGGGAGUAAAGGAGAUAAGGGAGAACGAGGGCCGAUGGGAAGCUUUGGUCCGUCCGGCGAAGACGGAAUCAAGGGCUCAAAGGGGCUGGAUGGAUUACCAGGACCAAGAGGUCCACCAGGACCACCAGGGCCCAAAGGAAGAGAUGGCAGCAAGGGAAGUCCUGGAGAGCCUGGACCUUUUGGAGAUCCUGGGCCCGCUGGACCAAAGGGUGAUCCUGGAAGAGAAGGAUUUGGCUACCCUGGAUCGAGAGGACCCACUGGAGACAAAGGUGAUCCAGGUAGAAAAGGGGUCAAGGGUGGCAGAGGUGGCUGUGGUGAAAAAGGACAGCCUGGAAACAAAGGAUCCAAAGGAGAGACUGGGGACCCAGGACCACCAGGUUGGCCAGGAGACAGAGGACUCAUAGGGGACCCUGGAGAUGACGGAGGACCUGGAGGAGUGGGCGAUCCUGGGGUCUCUGACUGUGAUGUCAUGUCUUACGUCAGGGAAACGUGCGGUUGUUGUGACUGUGAGAAGCACUGUGGAGCUGUGGACAUCGUAUUUGUAAUUGAUAGCUCAGAGAGUGUGGGGAUGACAAACUUUACCCUGGAGAAGAACUUUAUUAUCAACACCAUCAACAGAUUGGGAUCUAUGGCCAGCGACCCUACGUCACCAACCGGAACAAGAGUCGGAGUUGUACAAUACAGUCACAACGGGACCUUUCAGGCCGUUCGUAUCAACGACCCCACCAUAAACUCCCUGUCUACUUUUAAAGAGGCAGUGCAGAAACUGCAGUGGAUCGCUGGUGGCACCUUCACACCUUCAGCCCUCAAGUUUGCCUACGACAACCUCAUCAGGGACAGCAAGAGAGUCCGAUCUAAAACAUCUGUGGUGGUGAUCACAGAUGGCCGCUUUGACCCACGUGACGGAGAGAAACUCACCCACCUUUGCAGGGAUAACGUGAUAGUGAAUGCCAUUGGGGUUGGUGAUAUGUUUAAAGACAGAGAGGAUAAGAAGGCACUAUUGUCGAUAGCGUGCAACAAGAUGGAGCGCGUCACAGAGAUGAACCGUUACGUUGACUUGUUGGCUGUUGACUUCAUAGAAAAGAUGGAGACUGUACUCUGUCCUGAACCAGAGAUUGUGUGUCCUGAACUCCCCUGUAAUAUGGAACCAGAUGUCGCUCCAUGUGUCCAGCGGCCAGUGGAUUUAGUGUUUCUACUAGACGGCUCAGAGCGCCUCGGGACAAAGAACUUCCAGCAUGUCCGUGGAUUUCUGCAGAAGGUGUCCGAGCAUCUGGGACUGGCUCGUAGCAAAACUGACAAUUUGCGAGCCCGCUUGGCACUGAUAGAGUACGGCAGUGAAAACCAUGUGGCCUUUACUCUCACGCACGACUCUGCUGUCAUCAGAGACGGCAUAGCUCGCCUGCCUUAUCUGGAUUCUGCUUCGAGUGUGGGUCCUGCCAUCAUCUAUACCAUCAACAAUAUCUUGGGCAGAGGAAAUGUUCGCCAUACGAGACGCCACGCAGAGAUUUCAUUUGUUUUCAUCACAGACGGCAUUUUUAACAAAGAAAAUUUGGAGGAGGCGGUUAGUGCCAUGCGCACCGCACAGGUCAUGUCCACGGUGAUAGCACCAGGAAACGACGUUGACCAGGAAAUCCUAACAAAGCUGGCCAUGGGUGAUCAGCAUGCCAUCUUUAAAGGAAAAGAUAUCAAUGAGCUGUCCCACUCCAGUUUGUUUGACCGUUUCAUCCAGUGGGUAUGUUGAAGAAGAUCACCACAUGGACGUGAACAUCAUAAUUGGUGCUCCUGCUGUUAAUGUUAGCAUUUUUAAACAUGAGAUACCGAUCUAUUAUGAUUCUAAUAUGCACUGUGCAAUUUGCAAACGAGAUGACAGCAUAUUGCUUUCUACAUUUGUCAGGUAAACUGUAUUCAUCUUCCAUAGUCUGUCACACAAAAACAUAGUUCGAGUCUCUCGUUUUUGAUCCACGUUAGCUUUACUGAUUUCAGAGAAUAAACCUGCACUUUGUCGGA